GACUUCAACUGUACAUUAUUUGUCUUGCCUAUUCACUAUUUGAAUGGCACUGUCUCUUUCCUAUCACCUACUUUGACUGAAGUAGAUUUAACAAGUGACAUCAAUAAGGGAUCAUAGCUUUCACAUGGUCAGUCUAUGUUAUGGAAAGAGCAUGUUUUGUAUUCUCAGGACCCCUCACGCUCUCUCCCUCAGGCCUCAGGUAAUAGCACAGCUCUCGUCAGACACAACAACAUGUACAGUAGCUACAGUGCAUGCAGAGAGGAUGGAACAGUUUAUUACGUUUAAGUCAGUGCAACUGCAGUGUCCUGUUGACUUUUGCGAGUGAUUCAGGUGACACAGUGAAAGACAUUUGGGAAAAAAGGAAAUAAUAAAGAAAGCAAGGGAGUACACUAUAAACUCCAAGGCAUUUUUUUACAAAAACACCUGUAGUAACUUCAACUCAAAGUCAAUGAAAAGUCAUUAUUACUUAAAAUGUUUAUGGUAUGGACUCAAAACUAAAUGAGAAGUCCCACCAACUACAUUUAAAAAACAUGAAAUAUUAACUUUUUUUCCAACACGCUCUACUGCAGGUUGAUUAAAAAAAUAAAUAAGACCACAAUAGAGUAAAUUACCGAAUUCAACAAGUAUAUCUCAAUCACUAACAAAUACAGUCAUGGGUGGUAAACUUUACAAUUCAAUCCAAAAGGCAAGGCACACUGGGAAGUUAUUGGGGCGGGGCUAAGCGUAACAUUUAAGUAUACCUUAUUUCCGGAAUCCUUGGGACGUCUUAUAUACACAAUCUACGCGACGGCCCUACCCCCUCCCAGAAAGGAUAUACAACUCUCGCAUUUAAAUUGGUUCACAGCAAUUGCUUUGUUGUGCACCACCAAAUAUUUUACAGCACAGGUAGCUAAUUUCAACCAGAAAGUGUAUUUUGCUAGGUCAAUUCACAGCAUGGCUUGAUUUGUUGUUGGGCCAAGCGUACAGUACACGUGCCACACUCAUUACAUUAAUUUUACCCGUGGCUUAGCUAGCUGUUGUCAACAUUUCAAUUGUGAGUCUUUCAGUUUCAACUGCAGUGUUGUCAUUUCGAGCUCGCGAGGCACGAGGGUAAACUAGUUUAGAAAAGUAACAGUGGGUCGAUCUCUGCUGAGUAGACAACAGAGCCAGAGAUGGCUAUCGCCCACGUCGCUACAGAGUAUGUGUUCAGCGAUUUCCUCCUGAAGGAGCCGGGUCAGGCAAGGUACCGCGCCGUGCGCACUGAGCUAGCCAUGGACAAGAUGGUGACGUGCGUGGCGGUGGGACUCCCUCUCCUCCUUAUCUCUCUAGCCUUCGCCCAGGAGGUCUCUGUGGGUGUUCAGAUCAGCUGUUUCCCUCCAGCUAACUUUUCCUGGCGUCAGGCCAUGUAUGUAGACUCCUACUGCUGGGCAGCCCUACACACUCACACACUACCCUUAUGGCUACACAAGUUCUUCCCCUAUAUCCUGCUGCUGGUAGCAGUAAUUAUGUAUAGUCCAGCGGUGUUCUGGCGUUUCUCUGCCUCUCCUCUGCUUCAGUCAGACCUUAGCUUCAUCAUAGAAGAGCUCGACCGCUGCUACAACCGUGCUGUCACUCUGGCUAAACGCAUGGCCACUGCUGGGGAACACACAGACAGUGGUGCGUCCGACCCUACUGAGGGCUGUUUCAUGUACCCGGUGGUGGAGCAGUAUCUGCUGACCAAGAGGAGGAGUGUCGUGGUGUUGUGGCGCUACCUGCUGUGUCGAGGCCUCAACCUGCUCACCUUGCUUCUGGCCUGUGUCUACCUGGGCUACUACCUCCGCCUCGCCUCCCUCACUGACCAGUUCGGCUGUUCCCUGCGCACCGGACUCCUGGCCAAUGACACCUCAAUCCCCGACCAAUUACAGUGCAAGCUGGUCGCCGUGGGAGUAUUCACUUUGCUAAGCUUUGUUAACCUGCUGGUGUACGCCAUGCUGGUUCCCGUGGUGAUAUACUCCGCUCUGCGCCCCUUCUUUCAAUCACACACCCAUUUCCUGAAGUCCUACCAAUCACUGCCCACCAUCAGUGUUCUGCCCCUCCCGCAGGGCCAAUGGGAUGACCUGACGCUCUACUUCCUCUUCCUGGAAGAAAACCUCAGCGAGCUCAAGUCCUACAAGUACAUGAAGGUGUUGGAGUUGUUGAGGAGGAGGGGGGUGUGUGAGGGGGAGGACUUUGACGCCAUGGAACUGCUUCAGAUGCUAUGUCUGGUGAAGACUGAUGUUACGGACGGAAAGAGGAGCACCGCAGCUACCUUCAAUGCUAGUGACAAAACGACCAAUACAAAUGCUAGCCUUGAUGCUAAAGCUAAUGAUAACCCUAUUGCUAAAGUUAGCCAUAUUGCUAAUGCUAACCCUGCUGCUGGGGAGGCUAGUAGCAAGGCCCCAACCCCCAGCCCAGCUUCCCCAGACUCAUGCCAAAGCCAGACCAGUGCCACUGAAAUGACAGAAUUCUCUGCUUUGUUGCCAGGCAACAGUGCAAUGACAGGCGGAAAGCGGAGUGACGAGGGGGCGGUCCGACAGCGAAUUAUCUGAUCGUUGCCAUGAAGGAACAGCCCCAAUGGGUUGUGGGACACUAGAAACCAGAGG